AACAGGAUGUUGUGGUUGCAUUUGGACUCCUAUCCUUACACUGUGCGGUGUUUUCUGUUGUUUAGUUGUUAUUUCACUUGUCAUUAUAGCUGUUAUUUUGGGAGUAAAUGUUAAUGUUUGUGGUAAACUUAGUCAAACGUAUAUUAACUAAAACGGGUCAAAUUUAUGUCACACAAAGUAAUUCAACCAGCGAUACAAAUGUAUCUGUCUCGGUUCGUGUUGUGGCUACAAAAGAUGAAACAACAUCUAUUAAAGAAGAAAAUGCUGAUUCUACAAAGAAAAUAUUCCUCGAACGAGCAGAUACUUUUAAAGGUUCUUUGGCAUGGAUAGGUUACUUUAGUUUACCACCAAGAUGUGUUUUAGCAAAAGUAGAAGUAGUAUUACCGCAGACAAUUCCUUCUGUUAUAACAAUUGAUACGGAUGUAAAUGAUAUUGUUUUUUAUGCAAAUCCAGUACCCUAUUCUUCUCAAAUUAUUGCUAAAACUGUAAAUGGUGAAAUUGAUGUUAAUAAUUUUGCAGUUGGAAGUUUAACAUUAAAUACCAAUAAUGGUGGUAUUACAGGUUCUGUUUCGGAAAUUGUUAAUGAGUUGAUUGCUAUUACAAAUAAUGGUGGAAUUCAAUUAAAUGUUUCGAUUAGUUCUAAUGCUACUAAUCCAAAGAUUGAAAUUACAAAUUCACUUAGUGAUAUCCAAUUAAAUUUCAAUUCUAGUUUUAGUGGAAGUUAUGAUGCAAAGACAGAUUAUGGUAAAGUUAAUAUUGAUAAUCCUUCUACUGUAGCUAUUAGUGAAGAUAAAAAGAAAACUGGUAAAGUUGGUGAUAAAAAUGGUACUUUGAAUGCUAAUACAAAGAAUGGUAAUAUUAAUAUUAAUUUUUAAGUAAUAUAUUUAGAAUAUUUAAAUAGAAGUAUUUAAUUAUUAUAAGAUAAUUUUUUAAAUAUUAUAUAAUAAAUAAAAAUAAAUAGAAUUAAAAGUAAUAA